GCAAUCGCUGUAAGAUCGAGAGUGGGACGAAUUUGGACGACGUUAUGGCUACGAGAUCAGGAAGGAAACCAGUGGUUGACGUAUCUUUAAUGGAGUCCACUACUCCGAAACGCAAACUGAGAUCGAGUGAUGCGCAGAGGCACCAAAUCCCUGUCUCUGAGCCGAUGAAUCGGAAAUCGUCUCGCCGGCGCCUCAAUUCGAGUCCAGAAAGUCCGAAUGAUAAACAGGUUUCUAAACACAUGCAGAUCGAUGAGGAAACGUUUGAUGAUGGCUUUUCUAAAUUACAUAGUUCACCGGCAAAAUUCUUGUUCAAGAGCCAUACUGCCAAACCAGAUUGGAAUCCUAAAGAUAUUGAACAUAUAAAAGCGGCAAAGGAAGUGUUGCACGUAUCGACGGCCCCGACUAUAAUCAUGUGCCGUGAGGACGAGCAAAGUAGAAUCUUAAAUUUCUGCAAGACUUGUGUGGAGCAAGAAAAAGCCGGUAGUUUGUAUGUUUGUGGGUGUCCAGGAACAGGCAAAUCUUUGUCCAUGGAAAAAGUGAAAGAGCAGUUGGCUGCUUGGGUAAGAGAGUCAGGUCUUCAGCUACCAGACAUUUUGUCCAUAAACUGCACCUCGUUAACAAAUACUUCCGACAUUUUCAUGAAGAUGGUGGGUGAAGCCCAAUCACAAAAGAAAAGGAAUGCCUCUUCAACACCCUUGCAACAUCUCCAACGCUUAUACUCUCAAAAGGCAGAGUCAUCUAGCGUGAAGAUGAUGUUGAUAAUGGCUGAUGAAUUGGAUUAUUUAAUUACAAAAGAUAGAGCAGUGCUUCACGAUUUGUUCAUGCUCACAACUUUCCCAUUUUCAAGAUGUAUUUUGAUAGGAAUUGCAAAUGCCAUUGACUUAGCGGAUCGCUUUCUUCCGAAACUUCAGUCAUUGAAUUGCAAACCUCAUGUUGUAACUUACAGGGCUUACUCCAAGGAUCAGAUCCUCAAGAUUCUUCAACAAAGGUUAAUUGUGCUUCCUUACGUUGUCUUUCAGCCACAAGCUUUGGAGUUCUGUGCUAGAAAAGUUGCAGCUGUGUCUGGAGAUAUGAGAAAAGCCCUUUGUGUUUGCAGGAAUGCCAUUGAAUUGUUAGAGGUGGAACUCAAAGCAUCCUCUAAGGAGCUGCACCAUAAUGAGGCGUGUGACACUUCAGCACCUGAGCUUGUAAAAAGACAAGAAUUUGGGGUUGUGACGUUGGAUCAUAUGGCUGUUGCCUUAUCGAAAACUUUUAAAUCACCAGUAGUGGAAACAAUACAGUCUCUUCCUCAGCAUCAACAGAUUAUUUUAUGCUCUGUUGUGAAACUCGUUCAUGGAGGGAAGAAGGAUACAACCAUAGGGGAGCUAAACAAAUCGUAUGUAGAUAAUUGUAGAUCAGCCUCAAUCCCACCAAUGGGAACCUCAGAACUUUCAAAUAUGUUCACAGUGCUAAACGACCAGGGGCUUCUCAAACUUGGUCAGUCUCGAGAAAAUAAAUUGAGGCGAGUGCUGUUGAAAGUUGACGAAGCCGAUGUACUGUUUGCACUUAAGGGAAUACGCUUCUUUCGAAACUGGCUGCAAUAAAUUAGCAUAGCAGUUCUCCAUGUUGGUGAAUAUCCUGCUUUCUGGCUCUCUCCCUUCCAGUCAAGCAUUCAGCAACUGAGGCAAGAAACUGGUUUGACAGCUAGGUAGUGAAAUAGUCAACAAAUGUCGAAUGGGACAUGAAAUGAUCCGAAUCAGUGGCAUAUAGGUUCCUUCAACCCCUUCAAAUCCCAUUUUCUAUUUUAUAAAGAGCAACUAAAUAAUAUUCGUUUAUUUAAUUUAAUUAUAUUACAAGUUUUUUGUUUUUCUUUUUACUUUAAGAAACACUUGUAUCAUUAAAGAAAAAUUAUAUGUUAUUACGGAUGUGAGGUGAAAGGAACAAUUACAUACUUCGCAACCAAAAAAUUGAGGCUAAAAAAAAGAAA